GGCGCUAAGCACACGCUAACUGAAGGUGCGGACCGGCUUGGUCUCCUAUAAAGAGAAUUGGCACUUGGCCAGCCAUCACAAGUGAGUUGCUCUUCCCGGCAAACAGACAAACUAUGCUGGCAAAUAUAACUCUUAGGAUCUUACUGCUCGUCUGGAUUUCGGAAAGGGCCCUUGGGCAGUCCGCCUGCUCCGACUGCUCCGCGACAAAUUAUCAAUUCGCCUGUGUCAACGAAACUGCCUAUGGUUUUUGCUUCGGUCAAAGCACUGUGGACGAGAGCGCAGUGCACACCUGCCGUGAUGGGUACUACUGCGUCCUGGCGGGAUUUUGUGCGUCUAUGGAUUCAGCGGAGCCAGCUUGUGUCACAGAUAUUUCUACGACCACAACGGAUAUAGUAACAGAUUCGACAACAGAUUCGAGCACCCAGGAAACCUCAGAGUCCACAGUGACCACAGAGACCACUACAAUGAAGACAACGGAGUCCUCGGGUUCCACCACAUCUGAAAUAACGGAUUCGAGUACCCAGGAAACAGUAACCGAAAGCUCGACGUCGUCAGUUACCACAGAUUCUACCACCCCAGUAAUUUCUACGGAUUCCAGUACCCAGGAAACAGUAACCGAAUCUUCGACAACACCAGUUACUAUAGAUUCUACUACCCCAGAAUUUACAACGGAUUCCAGUACACAGGAAACAGUGACCGAAAGUUCAACAACACCGGUUACUACGGAUUCUACUACCCCAGCAUUUACAACGGUUUUCAGUACUCAAGAAACAGUAACCGAAAGCUCGACAUCGUCAAUUUCCACAGAUUCUACUACUCCAGAAUUUACAACGGAUUCCAGUACACAGGAAACAGUGACCGAAAGUUCAACAACACCGGUUACUACGGAUUCUACAACCACAGCAUUUACAACGGUUUCCAGUACUCAAGAAACAACGGACUCUACAGUAAUUGAGACCUCGACACCUCUUAACACCACAGUUUCUACAACUACAGAAUUCACCACAGAAUCAAGUACAGAUUCCACAACACCUGCUAAUACAACCGAAACAAGCACUCUACCCACAACUUCUGAACCAACUACUAGUACUCCAAGUACCACAACGGAAUCUUCGGAAGUAGAUCCCAACGUCUAUUGUGCGAAGAUCAGGAGCAAAGGAUUCUCCCGAGUUGAGACAGACACCACAUGUCAAAUGUAUGUCUACUGCUAUAAACUGAGCCUAGAUUACUUGGGUUUGCUAUAUUAUUGCAACACGAAUGAGUACUAUAACUCAGAUACAGAGGCCUGCCAAUCCACGCGACCAAGCAAUUGCUAGUUUUCAAAAUAAAGAGGAUUUUGUGAAAUUUUUAAAACUUUUUACUUAACUACCAAAAAGGUUAAAUAACUGAUCAGAUGAAAAUAAUGUGUUUUAGAACCUGACCCGCAUAUUCCAAUUAUCAAAUUAAAA